AUGUCCAACAUCGUCUACAACCACAGCUCCACCACCAACAAGCGUCAGCUCGAUCAAGUUCCUUCUUCAUCCUUCCAUAUCAGAAAGCGAAAGGGAAAUCCAAGCCGUUUCAUUCCAACUAGUCCAACUCAGUUCUUCGUGCGUUCAUUUGCUACAGGCAAAACCCUAGUUAUCCGAGCUGAUUCUACUGACUCGGUUGAAAUGGUUCGUAAUAAAAUCAUGUUGAUCGCUGGUAUACCUGCAAAUGAACAACGACUAGUUUACAAGGGAAAACUGCUCGGAUUAGAACAAACAUUGGAGUUCUAUGGCAUCGAACAGGAUGCAACUGUGCAUCUGCUUGGUUUAAUGCAGACCACAUAUCUUCGUCGGGCUUGGAAGAUCAUCCAUGACUUAAUUUCAACGGUCUCGGACAUUUUGGAAAGCAGUGUUUGUUUUCCUUCGGAAUCAGAUCGUAUAAUAAUGCUGCUUGUACAAUUUACAACUAUGACUCCGGAAGAUUAUAUUGAAGAAGCAUGUGAACAUAUGGAAUUGUUCAUCUCCUCGUCAGCUCUUGCAGCUCUGGUAAUGCUUUAUAUGUCUCCAGAUAAUGCGAAGAAAUUUAUUGCUGAGGAAUCCAUUUGUGCGUUUGUCAAUUCAUUUACCGUGUUGCCUAUGUUGCCUGCACCUGUGUACAAUGUAUGUGUUCCUGUAGUAUCAGAGUUUUGUAAGCUUCUCAAAGGGGCUGCCGGGCUUGAUGAUCAGUUGUAUAAAUUUUGCCGGAUUAGAUUAGGGGGGAUAGUAGGGUCCAUAGGGAUUGCUUCUCUCGAAGAUCAAGCUCUCUUUCCAUCCCAAACUCCGAUUCAGUUCUUGGUUCAUUUGUUCCCCAGAGCCGAUUCGCUGGUUAUCCAAGCUGAUUCUAUGGACCCAGUGGAAUUCAUUCACUAUAGAAUCAUGCUGAUCACCGGAAUACCCCCAGCAGAGCAACGACUAAUUUAUAAGGGGAAACAGAUCCAUUCAGAACAAACAUUGGCAGACUGUGGUAUCCAGAUGGGCGAGAGCGUGCAACUUGUGGGUCAAAUGCGGAACACAGAUAAUCCUCAGUCAUGGAAGCUCAUCGAUGACUUAGUUUCACUAGUCUCUGAUCUUUUGAAAGACGAUGAUCCUUCAACUCUCUCUGACGCGCAUCAUAUCAUAAUGAUACUGAAACAGUUUCUCAGGAUGACUCCAAAUGAUAAUAUUGAAAAAGCCUCUCAACACCUCCAAAUAUUCAAUUCCUCGUCGGCUCCUGCAUUUCUAGUAAUGCUUUAUCUGUCUCCAGAGAAAACAUUCAAAUUUGCUGCCCAUUAUUCCAUUCGCACAUUUAUCAAUUCAUUGAAGAGUGAACUGCCUAAGCACACUUAUAGUGAAUGUGUUCGAAUGGUGUUAGAGUUUUGUAAGCUACUGAGAGAGGCUGUUGGGCAUGAUGAUUGUUUAUAUAGUUUUUGUCGGAGUAGUAUCAGCGCUAUAGUGGAGGCCAUUGAGAUCACAAGGUGCAACACUGCGAAGGGAUUAUCAGCAUUGAAUGAUGUUUUUCUCUUUGUAUUUGAGGUAGUAGUGGCUGAGCUAUCCCAUGACUUAGAAUUGAGUAAGGGGUUUAUUGAGUCCACGGGGUUUUCUAUGAGCAUUGUGCGUGAUUUUACUGACUAUAUGUGUUCGCUGAGGAAAUUGUUUCCACUGAAGAUGAAUGGCACCGGUGAACAUAUUGAAUGUUUGCAUCGUAUUUUAUAUGAUUUGUAUUGUAUUUUACUCGAAUUACUAGACAAAAUGGAGUCGUGCUUAAUGGAAUUGGAAGACCAUUUGGGAUUGCAAGAUAAAAGGGAAAGCAAACCUAUUGUAUCCUGGUGGUCUCAGUAUCUUGUAAUACUAAAGGAGUUAAAUAGUAUUUCAGAACUUCUUAACUGCUCGGAGGUCUUUUGGCAGAAUAUGAGGCAAAGAAAGGUUUCUCUGUGCUUUUUGAUUGUGACUUUUGCAAAAAGCUUGGUCGAUUGUCAGUGGGUUCUUGAGCACAAGGAGGUAACAGAUUUUGAGGUUAGGAAACAUUUCACAACAAUGAUGCUUCAAGAAGUUACAGAUGGAAACGAGGCAUCACUUGAGAUGCUAAUUGACAGGUCCAAGUUGAUGGAAGAGUCAUUUGAAUAUAUUGGAUAUGAGGAUCCUGAAUUGCUGCGAGGUGAUCUGUUGAUGGUAUUCGAACAUGAAGAAGCUACUGGGCCUGGUGUGUUGAGGGAGUGGUUCUACUUGGUAUGUCGAGAGAUCUUCAAUCUUCAGAAAGCUCUCUUUGUUGCUUGCCCAAAUGACCGUAGAAGGUUUUUCCCAAAUCCAGCAUCUAAGGUGGACCCAAUGCACCUUGAGUAUUUCUCCUUCGCUGGUAGGAUGAUUGCAUUAGCUUUAAUGCAUAAA